AUAAUACUUUCAACAAGAAACCCCAUAUAUCAUCACAUUCAGUUUUCUCCCUUAUAAACAGUUAAAAAAAAUGUCCCUCGUGCCUGGAUUUGGUGGUCGAAGGAACCAUGCACAGCAAGUUUAUGAUCCUUAUUCUCACCAUGCACAGCAAGUGAAGGAUCCUUAUUCUCACCAUUCACACCCGGUACAUGAUCCUUAUUCUCACCAUUCACACCCGGUACAUGAUCCUUAUUCUCACAAUACACACCAAGUGUAUGAUACUUAUUCCCACCAAGCACACAAAGUGCACGACCCUUUUGCUCAUGAAGUUUGGGAUCCUUUCCAUGAAUUUUAUCUCGAAUCUCCUCGAUCUCUCAUAGCCCCAGCGCCAUCUUUCCACCAUGCUCCUGCAACGAUGGCGCAAAUCGAGUAUAAAGAAACACCAGAGGCACAUGUCUUUAGGGCUAACUUGCAUGGCUACAAGAAAGAAGACGUGAAAGUACAGGUGGAGGAUGACAAAAUGCUGAAGAUUACUGGGGAAAAGAGAAUGAAGAAAGAAGAUAAUUGGCACCAUUAUGAACGAAGCAGUGGGAAAUUCUUCACUUCUUUUUCACUACCUCUGAAUUCUAGGGCUGAUUAUGUGAAGUCAUCCAUGGAGAAUGGAGUCCUCACUAUCACUGUUCCUAAGAAGGAAACUACCAAGAACCACCACCAUAUUAGAACUGUUUCAAUUGAUUAAUUAAUUAAAUGUUUGAAUUUGAUGGUAUGUCUUGUUUGGUACUCCACAUAUACUUGUGGAACGAGAAGUAAAAUAAAGAGAGUAAAAAGUUUUAGUACUGCUUAAUAUGGAGAGAAAAGAAAGUGAGUUUGACAUAUGCUUGUGUAAUAUUAGUAGUAACUACUUUUUUAAAUAAAUGGUACAACUUCUAUUUCUUUCA